AUGUUGGAUUCAUGCAAUCCACUUGUGAAGUCAUUUAGAAUGGUACGAGAUUGUUUUAAACAAAAUGAUUGGCAAAAUGUAAGACUCAAGCUCAUUGGAAUAAGGGAUAAGGAUGGUAGAGUUUUUAACUUGCCUACUGCUGAAGAAAUUGCUUCCUUAAUAAUUGGUGAUUUUGAUGGAGCAUUUGAUAAAAGGGAUAUCAUAGUUCAAACAAAAUCAGGCGAUCUUCAGAGAAUCAGUGAGCUCCAUCCCUCUUAUCUUGCAUUGCAAUAUCCACUUAUCUUCCCAUAUGCAGAAGAUGGAUUUAGACUUGGUAUUAAACAUCGAGUUAUUUAUACAAUCGAAUUUCAGAAACGUGGUCUACCUCAUGCUCAUAUAUGUUUGUUCUUAAGUGCCGAGAGCAAAUUUCCAACGGCUAAAGAAAUCGAUUUGGUUAUUAGUGCUGAAAUACCUGACAAAGAGAUGGAUGCUUCACUGUAUGAACUUGUCAAACAAUUUAUGAUCCAUGGUCCUUGUGGUACAGACAAUCCUCAUUCUCCAUGCAUGGUUAAUUUAAAAUGUUCGAAGAAGUUUCUGAAAAAAUAUGUAGAUGAGACUUGUAUUGAUUUUGAAGGAUAUCCUGUCUACCGACGUCGUCAAUCAUGCAACACAGUAGAAAAAAAUGGCGUCUUACUUGACAAUAGGUUUGUGGUUCCGUACAAUGCUAUGCUACUCAAAAAGUAUCAGUGCCACAUAAAUGUUGAGUGGUGUAACCAAACAGGAUCCAUCAAAUAUCUCUUCAAAUACAUUAAUAAGGGUCCGGAUAGAGUGACAGCUUCUGUUUAUGAAAGUACCUCCACUGCUAAUGUGAACCCUCAAAACAAGGAAAUGACAAAUAAUGAAAAUCUCUCAAACGAAACAGAAGUAGAUGAAGUUAAAGCAUAUCUUGAUUGUAGAUAUAUUUCAGCGUGUGAAGCUGCUUGGAGAAUCUUUAAGUUUGACAUACACUAUCGGCAUCCAUCUAUUGAAAUAUUACCUUUUCACUAUGAAGAUGGUCAGGCUAUUGUUUAUGAAGAUAAUUCAAACUUGUGUGACGUGGUCAGUAACCCAACUGUGAAAAUGUCUAUGUUCACAGAAUGGAUGAAAGGUAAUCAAACGGAUGCAUUUGCUAGAACUUUGAAGUAUAUAGAGUUCUCCAGAUACUUUGUAUGGAUACGCAAAACACGAAAGUGGGUACGUAGAAAAAAACCUUUUGGUGCAGUUGGUGGGAUACAUUAUGUACCUCCAUCACUUGGUGAUUGUUAUUUCUUGAGAAUUUUAUUGAAUCACGUUAUAGGACCAAUGAGUUUCAAUGAUAUAAAAACAGUUGAUGGAAAAAUAUAUCAUACUUUUAAAGAUGCAUGUUUCGCUCGCGGUCUGUUGGACGAUGAUAAGGAGUAUUUAAUGGCCAUUAAUGAAGCAAGUGCAUGGGCUACUUCUGAUUUCUUGCGUACAUUUUUUGUAAUGCUCUUGAUGUCAAACUCCAUUUCUAGGCCGGAUUUGGUUCUUAAAGAGGAAGAGAUUGAAAACAUUUGUUAG